CAAUUUGGCUUGGAGUUGUCUCGUUCUAUGGCUGAAGUUGCUUCUACUGAACAGCUCCAGUGAAACUGGGUCAGGAAUACCGAGUCAAACUGGGCAAGAGCUUCACCUUCCCCAGGGAGAACGCCUAUCACACCAUCAAAUUACAAUGCCAUUUCUGGCUACCACAUCAUGGAGGCUGGUACUGACCCUGUGCUGGAGUUGGCCUUCACUGUGGCCGAUGGGCUAGAGUACUGCAGGACAGGGACGGACGCAAGUGAUGAUGAAUGCGUACGCUGAUCUUGUGUUCCAGUUUAGAAUGGCUAACGAGAACCAAGCCGCUUACAUUUAUUCAAGGACCAACACGGCUGUGCAGUACAUCAAAGCUGAACGGUUUUACGAUGGCUUCAAGGUACACACACUAUACACAGCAUCAGAACUCUAGUCACAGAGGCAACUCUAGUACUCAGUACCUGUACAGGAACCAACUACUGAAGCCACUGACUAACUACAAUGUAUGUGCAUCACGUACCCCCUCUCGUCCACCAGGGUUCAGUACCUAGCAGUUAGUGAACAUUGUAGCCAGCUCUAUGCUUGUCUAAGCUAUUACUCAACGCAGCUGUUACGGUUUAUUCGGUGGCCAAUUCACAGAAGCUCAGCAUCCAAAAUCCAUUUCACAUUCUCAAAGUAGGUAUAACAUGUUUGUGCCGACUGUUGCAGAUUUUUGAUGCUCUGCUCAACGGAGAUCUGAUACCGUAUCCUACGUACUUGUACAACAUCACUGGAUCCACCAACUACUACAACAUUCUCAGGACCUCGCUAGGUACACGUAUGUUGAUAGAGUAUGUCAGAAAGUGUUGGAUAGAAGUAUACAGUCCUGUUUGGAGUGGUAUAUACUCUUUUUACCUAUACGUAGUGUACUGAACAUUCUACUGUAUUAUUUAUCUUAUGUUGGUACAUACUUAACCAGUGUUUGGUUAAAGGGCUCUUGUUUGAGUAGCUAAUUGAAUUUGGGAAUCUGUACAAGUUAAGUUGUGUGUAUGGAUUGAAUUUGGGGAAGUCCUGGACUAUACAAUUAUCUCUAUUGUGGUCAUGUACUGUGUUAGAGGCCAUUAUUGAGAAGCUGUGUGCAUGGCAAAUAGUGGCAAGAAAGAUUAGCAGUAAUACAUGCUGCCCCUCCCCCAAGCCAUAGUCUAGCCUGCCACCCUGUUUGAACUUUACACUGGAGGAAACACUGACUUAAGUAUUGUAGGGUGUUGUUGAAAUGUCAUGCCCUGGGGUGAUUGGUUUCUCCCUGUGUGUAUACUUGUGUAAGGAAACCAAUCUAUAGCUGUCACCCCUUGCAAGGGCAGACCAACAGUGGCUAUAAUAAAGAGGUGGUCUGGUUCAAACACAUGCUAUAGAGACUCUGAAGCUUGUUAACCUGGCUGUAUUGUAAAGGGUGCCUGAUUAUAGGCUGACCACAAUAGACAAGUUUCACUGCAUUUAAUUUAGUUACAGUAUAAGAACUGUAGAGGGCAAUUGCUGACAUUUUGGUCAUGCAAAUUGAUUAUUUAAGACAGUUCUUCACAUGCAAUAUUUCUUAUUCGUCCAGCCUCCCCUGAUUUUGAUUGAUCCCCUGAUUUGAUUGAAUUUGGGGAAGCCCUGGACUAUACAAUUAUCUCUAGCGCUUUAGUGCAAGGCUAACUCAUAUGUUGAAUAGAAAGUUUGUGUGAACAGAUGAUGCUAUGAAAGAUCCUGAAGAGACUGCAACAGCCUUUAAUGUGAAGAAGCUUUAGUUUGCUAAUCCACGAACCAAAAUCCAAGAGAUCGUGGCUAGAAGCCUAUAGAAGCUGUCAGUUUUUGUUGCAUUGCAACCGUUGAUCAGUUACAGCUGGAAUACACACACACACACACACAGACACACACACACACACACACACACACACACACAGACACACACACACACACACAGUCAGCUUUACCGUAUCACUCGUGCGGCUAGGCCUCGAGGCAUAAUAAGGGGAGGGUAAGCGUCAGUCGUCUGGCUGUUCAUAUGGUUGUAGAUCAGACCAUUCCACACCAUAGUACGUACCUUCCUCUCUGUGUGCAGCAUAUGCCUCAGUACAAUGCCAUUUCUGGCUACCACAUCAUGGAGGCUGGUGCUGACCCUGUGCUGGAGUUGGCCUUCACUGUGGCCGAUGGGCUAGACUACUGCAGGACAGGGACGGACGCAAGUGAUGAUGAAUGCGUACGCUGACCUUGUGUUCCAGUUUGGAAUGGCUGACGAGAACCAAGCCGCUUACAUUUAUUCAAGGACCAACACGGCUGUGCAGUACAUCAAAGCUGAAUGGUUUUACGAUGGCUUCAAGAUUUUUGAUGGUCUGCUCAACGGAGAUCUGAUACCGUAUCCUACGUACUUGUACAACAUCACUGGAUCCACCAACUACUACAAUAUUCUCAGGACCUCGCUAGCCUCCCCUGAUUUUAACUACUACGUUCCCUUUAUCAACACCACUGACAUCAGACGAGCCAUUCACGUCGGCAGUCUCAGCAAUGGCUAUCACGCUGAGGUGGACAGAUUAAAGAUAGGAGAUGAUGUUGCCGGGUAUGUGAGGACAGUGAACAAGUUUAUGUAGGUGGUCGUGAGAGGGGGUGGGCACAUUUUCCCGUUUGACCAGCCGGAGAGAGCACUCAACCUCAUCCAGAACUUUGUGAACAUGCAAUAGCCUAUUAUAAUUAUGUUGUCUGGAAAUGAUCAUGCUUCAAGUAUAAGGAUAAAAAUGAAAUUUAUAAUUAUAGUCGUGUCAUUAUUUUAAUAUGUUUGAAGAGAAGAUUUUAAUUACCAAAUCAACGAAACGAUCAAAAACAA